AUGUUCCUCAUCUCCAAAAAACACAAGACCCCCAUCAGCACUUACACUGACUCCUACCGCCCACCAUGCUCUGUCAAAAAGACCAUCCAGGACCAGGGGCCACAGCAGCUCUGGAAAGAAAACAAGUUUGUGACGCAGGGAUUAACGAUGCCCCUCGUGCAAAAUCCGUCGAGCCAAGGUCAGUCGGAGCAGCUGAUUAAGGUGGCAAUGCAGGAGUACUACAGGAACACCAUCGACCCCGCUGCCUACUGGCCUGAGAAGUACUGGCCGACCAGGUCCAAAGAGAAGUACAGCCCAGUUUUUGUCAACGAGGUCAAAUACAUCACCUGGAAAACAGGUCCCUACAACAGUGCAGCCUGGAAUAAGCACUCCACUUACCUCCCACUCCUGCCCAAGGAGACAAGGAUGGACACCUUCCUGCACAGCACACUCAUGCCGUACCCCGCAAAACCCACUUGCCUCAAUCAAUCUGAGAGAGAGGUGGUUGCUGACAUGUACAUGGUGCCUGUGUACACCAUGACGGGGAGGGGACCCUUCCAGGGCUACUACAGCCCCUACUCUGGGCGCUACUACUGCCUGCGAAGGAUGGACGGCUAUGAUGAUGAGGCCCCUGCCAUCAGAAGGCAUCUCCACGAGAGGGCUGAGUAUUCCAUGCUGCAGUUACAGCCCCAGAGCAAUGUUCUGUGCAUCUACACAUGGCCGCCCGCCAUCCUCCCUGUGCAGGAGCCUUAG